CUGGUUAAAUAAAGUUGAAAUAAAACAUAUAAAAACUGGACUGCAGGAAUGGAAUGUAAGUUGCAGAAAAUAGAGGUUGUGGUGGCAGCUGCAGAGAGGCAUUGGGUGUGUGAGAAGUGACAUAAGAAGAGUUACAGGGUGUGUUUAAGUGGUGAUGUCCCAUCCUUUCAGGUUGUUGUCACGAGGUAGGACUAAAUACAUUUAAAUAUUGGAGUAUGGUAUUCAUUAUUAUUUGUGAGUGUAGUGUUAGAUUGUAGGGUAUUUUAUUUGUAGAAAAAAUAGAUCAGCAAAGUAUAAGAGAGUUCUACUCCAGUCUAGUAGGUAGCGGUAAUGCAACAUUUAUUCAAUGCCAACCGCCGUUAAACCUCGAAGAAGAAGGAUUUCAAAGUUCAUCCUGAGUCUGCCUCUAAAAAAGAUUUUUGUCAACAUGUCAACACAAGUCCAUGACAAUGUCAAGCAAUAUUACGGUUCUCGCCUGGAGUCCACCUGUGAUCUGCAGACUAGUGCUGCCUGCUCUCUACCCUGCAGGCCAAUGCCCAAGAGUGCUAUAGAGGCCCUCAAUCUCGUUCACCCUGAAGUAACCAAACGGUUUUUUGGCUGUGGUCUUCCUGUUCCAGAGAAACUUCAGGGCUGCAGAAUCUUGGACCUGGGCAGCGGUUCCGGCAGAGACUGCUAUGCCCUCAGUAAACUAGUUGGCGAGACUGGCCAUGUCACAGGCAUUGAUAUGACUGAGGAACUGAUUCUAGUGUCCCGUAAAUACAUCCCAUACCACCAGGAGAAGUUUGGCUUUGAGAAACCCAACACCACCUUCCUCCAGGGGUAUAUGGAGAAGCUAACUGCAGCUGGUGUUGAGAAUGACUCUAUGGAUAUCAUAGUGUCAAACUGUGUCAUCUGUUUAUGCCCUGAUAAGAAAACGGUUCUACGUGAAGCCUAUAAGGUCCUCAAGGAGGGUGGUGAAUUGUACUACAGUGACAUGUAUGCCAGCAAGGUUGUUCCUGACCACUUAAAAGAGGAUUCAGUUCUGUGGGGUGAGGGAAUGGGCGGUUCCCUCUAUUGGCGCGACUUUAUCUCAUUGGUCCAGGAGGUUGGCUUCAGCAUGCCUCACCUCAUCUCAGCCAGUCACAUUGAGGUCCACAACUGUGAGCUCAAAAAGAAAGCAGGUGAUAUUAGCUAUGCGUCUGGCACUUACCGGCUCUUCAAGUUGCCCAAAAAGCUUGAGAUGUCAAGUGCUAUAGUGACCUACAAGGGGACAGUGCCUGACUACCCGUGUCAGCUAGAGUUUGACUCCUCCCACUGCUUCAAGAAGGACGUGGCGCUGCAGGUGGAUGGGGAGAUGGCUGCUAUCCUUCAGUGCUCUCGCUUCUCCCCUGACUUCUGCAUCCAGAAGUACGGCCACCUCAGCCCGUUUCUGCUGGCCGAUAACCUGGGCUCCUCGGUGAAGCAGUGCUCCAAAACAGGCAAAGCUGCAGGAGGCUGUGGGGAGACCUAACUCACUACACCUGGAUGACAUCAUAUCCAUGAAAGACCCUCCUCAGAAUGACAGGGUGUAUGUCCCAAUAGUCUCUCCUUCCUCCUGAAGUGUGCACUCAUUCAUUACUUCCUACAAAUUUAAAAUCAUUGGAUUGUUGUUGGCCUGGGCUAUUGGGAGUUUCCACCAUAUUUCUUAUACCAGUCAUUUCAUAACAGUGUAGGGAUGUGAACAAGUGCACUUGAAGGAGAGGUUAUUUGGAUCACCCAAUGUGACAGAAAAUAUGUCCAUUUUGAUGUCUGUACCUAUGUAGCACAAAUUAUAUAAAAAGGGUUGUAGUAUUUCUUUUCAGACUGAAAAGCCUACUGUGCCUUGAAAUACUAUAUUUUUCCUCCCAUGUCCAGCUCAUAGAUUUAAAUGGCAAUGGUUUUUUAUUAUGUGACAUUUGGAGCAUUACCUGGAUAAUACAUGAGACUGUAGCCUAUAUACUAACUUAUUUACACACUAAUGUGGAUGUCUAAGGCCUGCCCAGUCAUUCAAUGUAAAAAUUACAUUUGUAAAAAAAGACUUGUCUUGUUAAAUUCUCAAAUGACAUGCACACAGGCUGAAGGUCCCACCAGCCCAUACACAUAGAUCACUUGACAAACGCACAAAAGAGAAGAUAAAUAAUUCAACAAAA